AAGAAUUAAAAGGCGAUAACAGAGGAAAACAAUGGGAAAAGCUUAGCACAAUCAGUAUGAAUUACGAGAGGUAAAAGCAGAGAAAAGGGAAAAGAUUUGGGGUACCCACACCACAGUCUCCAUGGCAGAGGGCUUUGCCAGCGUUCACAGCAUCUAUGAGAACGGGGAAGACAAACCCCAAAUAUAAAACAGGGUUUAGUGUUUGAGCUUCUUUCUUUUCCCUUCCCCUCUCACGUGCACUGUAUCUCUCAUUUAAACCUCUUGAAUAUAAAUAAACUAACCUUUCAAAAGCCGGAAAGCAUCUUCAUUUUAACCUCUCUUUCUCUCUUCCUCUCGGUCUCCAAUUUUCUUGAAAGAAAUGACACUCGAAACUCUUUCUUCCAAUGAGCUCUUGAACCUCGUUAUGUAUGACUCUUUUGUGACAACUUCGUCGGUGGAAAAUAGUUUCAGUUCCCAAGAACAAGCUAGCAGUACGGUUCUGAAUUGCUUUCCAGUGGCGCUGACUCCUCCCCCACAAUGCAGCCCCUCGACAGUAGCGGAAACCGUCGUGCGGAGGCCGAACCUGGCGGUUCAAGGGAGGAAAAAGCGGAGGAGAAAGCCGAGCGUUUGCAAGAAUAAAGAAGAGGCCGAGACUCAAAGAAUGGCUCACAUUGCUGUUGAGAGAAACAGGCGGAAGCAAAUGAAUGAACAACUGACUGUUCUACGCUCCCUCAUGCCUGAAUCUUAUGUCCAAAGGGGUGAUCAAGCAUCCAUAGUUGGUGGCGCCAUAGAGUUUGUGAAGGAGCUUGAGCAUCUUCAGCAAACUCUUGAAGCUGAAAAGCUUCGAGUACUGCAACAAGUAAGACCAGCUGCUGCAAAUGAAGAAACCAGCAACACCAACCCCAAUCUGCCAUUUUUCAUGCAUCAUCAAACCACCUUGUGUCAUAUCCCUGACAAAUAUACAUCGAAGACCAAGGCAACAUCGGCGGAUAUCGAGGUGACAUUGAUCGAAACUCAUGCGAAUCUUCGAAUCGUCUCACGGAAAGGUCCGUCGAAGCUUUCCAAGCUUGUUGUUGGUUUCCAAUCACUUUACCUUUCCAUCCUCCAUCUCAAUGUCACCACCAUGGAUCCAUUAGUUCUCUACUCUAUCAGUGCCAAGGUUGAAGAAGGAUGCCAACUCAGUACAGUUGAUGACAUUGCAAGGGCAGUUCACCACAUGAUCGAAAUAAUUGAGGAAGACGCCACUGCCGUAUGUUGAUCCAUCCACGUCACCAAAAUGCCACCCACUUUUUUUGCAUUUAGUUUCUGUAUUUUUUACUAGUUAUUGUUUUCCCUUCAAAUGGCAAAGGGAUCGUUGUUGAGGUCUCAUGCAUCCAUAUUUUGAAGUCUUCGAAGUUUCAUAUAUCCUUCGGAGAGUAACAAUCUUUUGAUGUGGCUUGUGAUAAUCAUAUAUGAUCAGCACCACUUAUAUU